UGACAUUGAUUCCCCCGCAUACAAUCAACAAACCCUUUCACAUUUCUGCAUAUUCCUCCCCAAAUUGCUCCUUACUCUGCAAAAACCAGGGAGAGUUUAUCAAGCUCCUUGGCACUGCUGGUUGGCGUUAUCGAUACUAGCUACACCUACGGUUCUCCGGUGACUCGGGCAGCUGGUUCGCCGUGAGAGACCACAGAGUGAUCGCGGAUAAAAGUACGUCAGGUGCUUUCUUGCCACAUUAAUAACUAUACGGUGCUUAUAUAUUGGUAUUCCAGCAGCUGUAUCUGAAUAGUUAUUAGCUCACGAGCAGGCGAUCCCGCCGGGACUGCGUCCGGACCUUGCCCCGCUUGGUCGAAGUCGUGCUGCGUUACACAGACGGCAGCGUAGAGUUCUAUACAGUUGGAGAAGCAGCCGCGACAGUGAGGAUAGUCAAAGGAAUCGAGAGAAACAGAGCUCGUGGAAACCAGAGCUCCGGAAAGCUAUCAGUGAUGGAUCACGUGUUGCCUGAUGCGUUUGACGCAUCGCAACCGGGGAUUAGCUAUGGGACCAGGAAUAUCGGCGAGGGGAACGCCCAGGGACGGAUCAAAGUUGAUGAACCGCCAAAGUUCGAUCUGGAAUCCUAUAUCACAAACUAUACUGGGAGGACGAAGUUUGACCGGCUGUUCCUCAUCGGGACUUGUUCCACAUACCUCUCGACCGAAGCGCUCAAGGCUGCUGUCACGGACGCAAAAUCUGGCAAGGAUGUUAGUCGCUACGAGAGAGCAGUGCGUGCACUGGCGGAGGUUGCGCCAAACGAAAGCGAAGCUGUUCUAGAUACCGAGUGGGUCGACCGAACCCAGAAGCUGGUCAAGGCGGAGACGGAUCGACUAGAGCAUGAAUUGAAAGGGUAUAAAAACAAUCUGAUCAAGGAGAGCAUACGGAUGGGAAAUGAGGACCUAGGAGCGCACUAUCAUCAGAUCGGAGAUCUGGCGUCUGCCAGCAAAGCUUACUCCCGAAUGCGAGACUACUGUACAACCCCGAAUCACAUAGCCUCCAUGCUAUUCAAGAUCAUCAAUGUAUCCGUCGACCGCGGCGAUUGGCUUGCAGUCCAAUCAAACGUGCACCGGCUCCGCAACCUGCAGUCGAAACCAGAGGAACAGGCAAAGAACCAACCCAAAAUGUGCGCUGCCAUGGGCCUUGCCCAACUCGCUGCGGGAUCCUAUCUCGAGGCUGCCAAUAGCUUUCUCGCCACAGACCCCAGCCUAGGAGAUAGCUAUAAUGAGAUCAUCACUUCCAACGAUGUUGCCGUGUACGGUGGACUUUGCGCACUUGCAUCGAUGGAUCGCAACGAACUGCAACGCCGCGUCCUUGAUAACUCUUCCUUCCGGAACUUCCUGGAGCUCGAGCCUCAUAUCCGUCGCGCGAUUUCCUUCUUCUGCAAUAACAAGUUCCGAUCUUGCCUUGACAUUCUUGAGGCCUAUCGCACAGAUUAUCUCCUCGACCUCCAUCUCCAACGCCAUGUUCCCAUUCUCUUCGGGCAGAUUCGCACGAAGUCUAUCCAGCAGUACAUUUUGCCUUUUAGCCGGGUCACACUUGAUGCCAUGGCAAAGAUCUUUGCACCCAAAGUUGUCGGCGGACACCCGAAGCCCCUCGACUCGAACUCGCCAUUCGUGCAGGAGCUUAUCCUGAUGAUCCAAGAUGGGCUAUUGGACGCCCGUGUGGAUCUAGAGAAAAUGGUCCUUGUCUCAAAACAAAGCGAUCUUAGAGCAGAAGUUCAUGCGUCUGCGUUGGAGAGCGCCCGUAACUAUACGAAUGAAGCGCAUAUUCGGUUAGUCAGGGCCAACAUCCUACAGUCAGGUCUGGAGGUGAGACCACCGCCUUCAGAGAAGAAAGCAGGUCUUGGGGAGAGAGCGGCGACAAAAGAGUUUGCUGGAACCAAGAUCGGACGUGGUGCGGCGAACUGGGAUUGAAUCCGGUAUUAAUCGCUAGCUGUUAUGAAUCUAUGUGGCAUGGCUUGGGGCAACUGCGCAUAGGACGGCGUAGAGUAGCAAAUUUCGUUAUAUGCUUGAAACGGCCUAUUCUACUUGCUAAACCCAUAAUUUAUUCAAUGGUGUCCUCAAAGCUUCAUAAUUGAUUGCGCUUUACUUUAAGCUAUUGUAAUCGGCCCGAUACCCAAG